CCACAUCGGAAACUCCGUCAAGGGAGGAAUUCAGCUCUCCUGGUCCUUCCUUUCUGCACAUGGGUUCUCCUUCGUCCGAACUCUCCACGGAAACACUUUACAUGCUACUCCUGUGGUUGUACUAAUGGAGGAGGCUUCUGCAAUCUUGGGUGGGUUUUAGUGCUUCAAGUCCUGAGCUUUCGAUUUGCAGAUACUUCGAAGACGGAGGAACUCUCUCUUGGGCUUCACUGGAGAUGUGCUUCUUCUUUUACUCCUGAAUCCUUCGACUUGUGAAAGUAACAUUGCAAUUUCCUUGAGCUGGACCUUGAGGAGCUGCGAAACAUGUACUCGUGUGAACCACAAUACUAAUGUCCAUGGACUGCAAUUUUUCUUGAGUGGUAGCUGUGAGCUGAAAAGUGUGAUAGUCAAUUCUGUGAGCUAGUGACACAUUCAGGUGUGUCUCAUUUUGAUGGCUUCCCUUUGUGCACUUCAGACGCAGUCCUGGCGCUCUCUGUGCUUUGCUCCUGCACGAUCUCCACAUUCCAACAUCUUCUUGGCUCCGUUUUCAUCUCCACUUGAUGUUGUUCCUCACCAAACGAAAUCGUUCGAAAGGGAAGGAUUCUGGGAUGGCUGCAGUGGGGAGUUUCCCGAUCUUUCUUCAGCAGCCAGAAGGGAAUUAGAAAUAUCCAUAUUUGGCCGGAGUGUUGUUGCAAGUACAAGGAGUACGCUAGGUAGAAGAGGACCGCGGACUAGGGGAAGUGCAGGGGUGGCAACAGAAGCAACCUUGGGGGGUGAGAUUACCUCAGAGAAUGCUAGCGCAGACCAGAAGAUCGGCCCGCUAGCGAUGGAGUUGACGAAGGACCUCACAGAGGAUAUCGUCCGGGAGGCACUCGUUUGGGCGAGCUUGCAUGGAGGAGUUGUGGGCGACAAAACAAAUGGGAAGUCAGGCACUUCGCCAGGCGUGGGGAUGGUCCAUGUGCCGCUAGCUCUGCUACCGACACCCUUUCCAAGACAAGCUUUUGAGCAAGCUCUUGAGCUUGCCACUCACUACAACACCCUCGUGGAUCGUGUUAGUCAAGACAGUCAUUUCCUUCGAGAAUGCCUUGCGCAUACACGUAAGGCAGACAGUUUUACAGCGAAGCUAAUGAACAUCUACGACCAGAUACUUGCAGAAGGCAUCGCACAGGACAUUCAGCUGGGGCUUCACCGUAGUGAUUACAUGUUGGACAUGGCGACUGGAGCUCUGUUGCAAGUGGAGAUGAACACAAUCUCAUCCUCCUUUGCAGGACUCGGCGCUUUGACAAGUCAACUGCACAAGUAUCUUAUCGGCCGGUUUGGGCAAGACUUGGGUCUCAACGUGGAGAAUGUACCAGAAAACAGUGCUGCAAAUGAUUUUGCGGAAGGUCUGGGUCAGGCUUGGUUGGAAUAUGGAAAUCCUAAUGCAGCUGUGCUGAUGAUAGUGCACGCAAAGGAGACGAAUAUGUAUGACCAGCACUGGCUCAGUUUCAAGCUGUAUGAGAAGUAUGGCGCCAAGGUGUUCCGAAGAACUUUUGCAGAAGUUGCUGCGCAGGCUAAACUUGACGAGAAGCGGACGUUGCUGAUCGGAGAGCAGCCGAUAGCAUUAGUAUACUUCAGGUCAGGGUACUCUCCAGACGACUACGUCUCCGACCGCGAUUGGGAUGUCAGGCUGCUGAUGGAAAGGUCAACCGCCGUGAAGUCGCCAAGCAUCUCCUAUCACCUCGUCGGUGCAAAGAAAAUCCAACAAGAGCUCACGAAGCCUGGAGUUUUGGAGCGGUUUUUACACGACAAGGACGCCAUUGCCAAAGUGAGAGAGUCCUUCGCAGGUCUCUGGAGCCUGGAGAACGAUGGCGGCGAUCACAUCCUUGAAGAGGCUGUUGCGAAACCCGAAGGGUUCGUGUUGAAGCCGCAGCGAGAGGGAGGAGGAAACAACAUUUACGGCAAAGAUGUUGCAACAACGAUUAAGAAACUGAAUCAAGAGGAAUUGGCAGCUUACGUCCUGAUGCAACGCAUCUUCCCUACAGUCCACGACUCUUACCUCGUCCGAGACGGCGUCUGCAGAACAUCCAAGAUCAUCUCUGAAUUGGGCAUCUUUGGCACUUACUUGAGAAAUGGGGAGAAGGAAAUUCUGAACAAACAAGCGGGCCACUUGGUGCGAAGCAAAGUGUCUGACUCUGAUGAAGGUGGUGUAGCUGCCGGCUAUGGCGUCCUCGACAGCCCAUAUCUCACCUAGCUUUGUUGCAACACAAAAAGAUGGUUGUUUUAGCAGCAUGAUGAGUGAGUUGGACUGUCGUUAAGCCUGCUUCUUUCUUUCUUUUUUAUUUUAUUUUCACAGCAGAAUCUCAUUUUGAACAACUCAGCUGGCCAAUGGGACCUGUCUUGCUCAUGCUUGCUUUGCUAUAUGCUAAUGUAUCAGUGACGUCCUCCUAAAUAACUGGGCGUCGCCUCCUGCUAAGAAUGGUAUCGUCUUUGGCAUUAUGCUUUUUCAUUGGUAACAGGCUACAUUCCAUAAUUGUUCAAGCUGUU